UGCCGGGCGGUGGCGGAGCCGUGGCCGGAGCCGGGGAUGGAGCCGGGGGCGGGGGGAGCGCUGGCCGCCUCGCUGGCCGAGGGGCUCAUCAAAUCCCCGCGCCCGCUGAUGAAGAGGCAGGCGGUGAAGCGGCACCACCACAAACACAACCUCAAGCACCGCUACGAGUUCCUGGAAACCUUGGGGAAGGGCACCUACGGGAAGGUGAAGAAAGCCCGGGAGCGCUCCGGCAGGCUGGUGGCUAUCAAGUCAAUCCGGAAAGACAAAAUCAAGGAUGAGCAGGAUCUUGUCCAUAUCCGGAGAGAGAUUGAGAUCAUGUCCUCCCUCAACCACCCCCAUAUCAUCGCUGUCCAUGAAGUGUUUGAGAACAGCAGCAAGAUCGUCAUCGUGAUGGAGUACGCCAGCAAGGGGGACCUGUAUGACUACAUCAGCGAGCGGCAGCGGCUGACGGAGCAGGAGGCACGCCACUUCUUCCGGCAGGUCGUGUCAGCCAUCUACUACUGCCACAAGAAUGGGAUCGUUCACAGGGACCUGAAGCUGGAGAACAUCCUUCUUGAUGCAAAUGGGAACAUCAAGAUUGCAGACUUCGGCUUGUCCAACGUUUACCAGCAGGACAAACUUCUGCAGACUUACUGUGGCAGUCCUCUCUACGCAUCACCUGAAAUCAUCAACGGGAGGCCGUACAAGGGCCCCGAGGUGGACAGCUGGUCCCUGGGCGUUCUUCUCUACAUCCUGGUCCAUGGCACGAUGCCAUUUGACGGCCACGACUACAAGACUCUGGUCAAGCAGAUCACAAGUGGGGACUACCGGGAGCCCACGAAGCUCUCUGAUGCCUGCGGGCUGAUCCGCUGGAUGCUGAUGGUGAACCCAGAGCGCCGUGCCACCAUUGAGGACAUUGCCGCGCACUGGUGGGUGAACUGGGGCUACAAAGUUCCUGUUGGAGAGCAAGAGCUGUAUCGGGAUAGCGAGUCCCCCCUGGCCACGGUGGCAGAGUGGCUCCGCCGCUCCUCUCGGCCCCUCCUGGAGAACGGCUCCAAGAUGCGAUGCUUCUUGAAGCAGCACAUCCCUGGCGUGGCCCUGGAGCGGCAGCGCUCCCUCAAGAAAUCCAAGAAGGAGAACGAUGUCUCCCACGUGCUGCAGGAGGUGGCCCUGGCCCCGGAGAACCCCUCCAAGUCCAUCCUCAAGCGACCCAAGGGCAUCCUGAAGAAGAGAAACUCCUGCGAGCAGAAGGUGCCUGGCCCUGGUCCCCCACCAGCAGCGCCCACAGGAGAGACGAGGGGUGAGGAUGAUGAGGUGGCUGCUGCAGGACUCACACGGAUCCUCUCCUCCGGGACACUGCCUUGCAGCACGAGCGCUGGAGCAGUGCCCACGGCUGUGCCCAAGAAGGGAAUACUGAAAAAGCCCUCAACAAGGGAGUCGGGGUAUUACUCAUCCCUGGAAUGCUGUGAGUCUGGGGAUGUCCUGGACACGGGGAGCUUGGACCUCGAUGGGAACGUGUUUGCUGACAACCCCUCCCUGGACCAGGGCCCCCAGGGUCUCCCUGCCCGUCGGAAAGGCAUCCUCAAGUACAACGGCAAGUACUCCUCGAGCAGCACGGAGCCAGGGAGCCCCCCCGGGCAGGGCUUCGGGGGCUUCACCGAGGUGCCCCUUCCCCAGGCGCCCCGUGCCCGCCCGUCCAGCGCCGUGAGCGAGGACAGCAUCCUCUCCACAGAGUCCUUUGACCAGCUUGACCUGCCCACCCGUGUCCCCCACGGUGGUGGGAGCAUGCGGGGCUGUGUCUCUGCCGACAGCCUCCUCCGACUGGAAGAGGAGGAGGAGAUGGAGGAAGGGCGCAGGCUGCGCCGCUGGACUGUCACCCAUUGCCGGAGCCCUCUGGGAGAGAGCAGCUUGUCCCUGGCAGGCUGUGAGGAUGUCACCGAUGUCUACCGGCGUGCUGUGGCCGUCAGCAUGAAGCUGAGCUGAGGGUACCUCCUGGCAGGACUCCCCAGGGUGGUGGGUGUUGGAGGGGGGACUGAGCCCUCCCUGCCCUGGGGCUGCUGGUGCUGCUGAGCCCUAUCCCGUGUAUUUAUUUUGCAGCCUUGUGCCCCAAGAAGCACGGUUGUAUGUGGGGAGGGAGCUGCGGUGGCUGUGGGGCACUGAGAGGGGGACAUCAAAUGGACCAAAGCCUUGUGUGACCCAGCCACCACCCCUGCGGAAGGGCUGGGGGGUGUCACAGAGGCUCCUCGCUGCCGUCCUUCCCUUGCAAACAGGCUCAUCUCAUGGUGGGAGGGGAACCAAGGGGUUGGGGGGGAUAUUUUUUUUUCAUUGCACUGUUGUUUUUGGCUGCACAAGGUGAUGGAUGGGGCAGGUGAUAUACCUCAAACAAGCUGGAGAUGUAGCAGGGUGCUGGUGAGGGGCUGAAAGGUGCUGCCCUGGCUGCUGCCUGCGGGCUGGGCUCUCGCGAUGUGCUGGCAACAGGGUCCAAAUUAUCCAGGUCCCGGCUCUUCCCUCUCCUGCGCUGAGAAACCCAACUGGAUCUGGCCAAAACCCCAGCCUGAGAACAUGCUCUGAUGCCAACAUCUAUUUUGUUUUAGUGUUGAAAGGAGGAAAAAAUAGUGCCUUUGGAGAGGCACUGCUUCUUUAUUUAUUGCCUUUGUCUGACUUGAUGUAAAACUUCGGCAGCACAGGAUGUGUCUGGCUCCGUAACAGCCACCCAGCUGUUUUUCACGGGGAGGUGGAGGUGUCUUUGCCGUUGUCUCAUGUGCCACAUGUCAAAGCUCCGUUGCACUAUUGCCGUGUGUUCGCUGGCCCUUUCCCUUCUCCAGGGAGUGUGUUUUUCCCCUCCUUCCUACAAAGUGAUGUUGAGAACACCAUUAAAUUAAAAGCAAAUGG